AUGACGCCAUGGCUGCUGGUCCCCCUCGCCGUCGCCGUAGGUGUGCACUGCCACGGGGGCAUCUUCAACUACACCAUCGACGGCUCGACCAUCCAGCGGCGGUGGUGGGGCGACCCGAUCCGCGACGUGGACCACCCGUACCUGGCGUGCAACCGGGGGAUCCCGCUCGCGGCGCACACGCCCACGCUGCACGCGCCGGUGCGGGCCGGC